GGUUUCUCCAGAUAUACCUAAAGUUCAUCUAUUGUCGUGACGAUUAUGUGUUGCGAUUCGUUACGUGAAAAGCCACGGAUUAUCAACGCGUUACCGCGUUGUUUUCUAUUUACUCGAUGCUCGCACGUGUGCCGCCAACGCUGCAAUAAUAAAUUGUAGAUCGGUAAUUAACCUUGGUAGAGAGUUGCGUUUGUUGAUAAGAGACGCUUAUCACGCAUAACAUAGAAACGUUUCGUUGGGGAAAUCGUAUUCCAGCUACGUAUGCAAGCAUUCUUCGUUAAAGCAUCGCUCGAAACGGAGCGUAGUUGUGUUUUCAAUACUAACCUAACCCUUUAUCCGUGUACGUAUGUCGGAGCAUCGUUAACUGGCACGCCAUAAUACGUAAAGAGGAUUUGAAUACAAGGAAUACGGUGUGAAGGUGAUUGGAGGGGAAGGAAGGUGGUGCUCUGAUCUCAGGAGGUCCUGAUAGGGUGAGCGACUGAGGGGUGACAACAUCGUUUGAGAAGCAGGCAUCAGAGGGGAGAAUGGUGAACCGCCACCAGUGCUGUUAAAGGGGGUAGCGUGACUCCGAUCACAGAAUGCUGACAGCUGCCGUUUACAGAAUUUAAAUAGAUGUUACAGAGUGUCCGGGAUGGACAUAAUCGCGUACAAUCAUCGCGAGAUCGCGAGCAUCUCGAGCAGCGUCGACGACGAGGACGACGAGGUGGAGAAAAUCCUUCCGUACAUCGACAUAGAUCGCCACCUCUUAACGAUCGAUCAAUUGGUAUCGGCCGGUGAGAAAAGAUGCAAGAUGCCGUUCAGGAGAAGCCUAUUCUCGAACGUGCCGCCGUACAUCAUCUUUCAGUCGUUCGAGAGCAAGGGACCAAUAAUGCCGUACGAAGUAACCAGACACCUGAAAUGGCGUCUGAGCACGAUCACACCAUUAAUUGUACGUCGUACCUUGGUCAACUCAGGUUAUCGGCUGAUGAAGAAGUGCCAGGAGUGGGGCGGGACAUGGGGCAAGUACAUGAAGUCGGUGUGCUUCAAGGAGCUGAAGGAAACGCAGAAGAUCAAUCAUUUCCCGGGCGCCUUCCAGAUCGGCCGCAAGGACAAGCUUUGGCGUAACCUAAGCAGGAUGAUGUUGAAGCACGAGAUCAGAGAGUUCGAUUUCGUUCCGAUGACCUACGUGCUGCCGCAGGAUCUCUACUACUUCAAACAAGUUUGGAAGAAGUCGGGCCACAAAGAGAAGUGGAUCCUUAAGCCACCAGCCUCUGCCAGGGGCAGCGGGAUCAAGGUGGUGCACCGUUGGUCCCAGAUACCAAAGAAACGCGCCGUGGUCGUUCAAAGAUACCUGUCCAGACCCAGACUGAUCAGCGGCGCGAAAUUCGACCUUCGUCUCUACGUCUUGGUCACCAGUUUCAAUCCGUUGAAGGUGUACAUCUAUCCCGACGGUCUGGUCCGAUUCGCCUCGGUCAAGUACAACGACGACAUCAACUACCUCAGCGACCGGUUCAUGCAUCUGACCAACUACAGCAUCAACAAGACUAAUUCCACCUACACCAGCAACGACUGCGUCGACUCUUGUUCGGGUCACAAGUGGUCGCUUAAGACACUCUGGUCCUACCUCGAAAGGGAACACGUGAACGUGUCGAAUCUCUGGGCCUCGAUGAAGGACAUCGUUGUGAAAACCAUCAUAGCUGGCGAAUCGUCCAUCAGUAAUUUAACCACUGCCAACGUGAUGUCGAGAUACUGUUGCUACGAGCUCUUCGGGUUUGAUAUCCUUUUAGACGAGGAUCUGAAGCCUUGGCUACUGGAGGUGAACAUCUCGCCCUCGUUGCAGACCUCAUCGCCGUUGGACACCGCUAUCAAGGGACCGUUGAUCAGGAAUGUGUUCAAUAUAGCUAGCUUCCAACUGCCAAACACACUGUCCUCUGAGGACACUGAUAAGGUAGCAAAGAACUAUCAGUUGGACAGGGUGUGCCACGACUGCAGGCUGUACAGGACUGGUCUCAGUCUUCAGGAAUGGGACAAACAGUCGUCCUAUGCUAAUCUUAGGGAUAGGGAUGAGUAUCUGGAGGACAUCAUCGAGGAUCUCACUCCCGAUGAUGUUCGACAGUUAAUCAUUUAUGAAGACGAACUGACACAGCUUGAUAGGUUCGAGAAAAUCUUUCCUACGUCCAGUAGCCACAAGUACCUGCAGUACUUUGAUAUUCCAAGGUACUAUAAUAUGCUGUUCGAUGCGUGGGAGAUGAAGUACGGUGAUAAUAGGGAGAAAGGGAUAUCUAGGUUGCAGGAACUCUGUGAAAGCAAGUAUCAUUUGGAGCCUUAGGUCUGGUCUUCAGUUUCAGGACCUCUAUUCAGAGACCUAACGAUCAAAGUGUGAAGCCUCUUCUUUUUUUUCAUUUGUAUACAAUUGUACACCCAACCCCGUCGUAUAUAAAGUAUUGUUAGGAACGUUCUGCUGCGUCAAAGUUGUGAAAAACGCAAUUUUAUUGUAUCGAAUCUUUUGGUUUAAUAAAUGAUUUUACAAUGAUCAUUGCAGGGUCUACGUUUUGAUCAGUUUGCUAAAUGUUUUCGUCGAUCUGAAAAGAAGUUACAGGUUUAUAGUAGAUUGGAAUCUUUGAUUUUUGCUAUGGAUAUUUAUUCAUUUAUUUCGUAAUUUCAUUUUCUUUUACUAAAUUGUCGAUUUGUUCAAUUUGAGAAUCGUUCCUGACAAUUUAUGCGACAGUGAUCAUAUCGCGAAAUAAAAAUACUAUUAAAAGACAGAUUAGUAUGAUAGUGUUUAUUGAACCUUGUUGUUGCAAAGAUUUUAUAAACACUUUAGCGAGUUACUGUUUAAGGAAAUAGAUAUAUGAAACUAGUUGAUAAUUAUUGUUCCUGUAGGUUUGAAAUGAAAGUAAUAAUUAUUGUUACUAAUCAACUAAUCGUUGAGCGAAAUGCCUUAUGUACAACAUAAAUUGAUAAAUUUAAGGACUGGAGCUAAAGAUAAGAAAUUUCAAAUGUAUCGUUUGGUUAUUUAUCAAAAACUGUAAUCCAAAAUGCAACAUCUCGUUUUGUUGCUAGUGUGUAACGUUUAUUAUAAAAAAAAUUUGCUAUAUAAAGCGAUUUUCUAACUGUU